CCUUCUCCCAGUAGCCAAGAGAAACAACGGCCGUACAUUUACAGAGCUGUCGUCAGCCGAACAUAUGGCAAAAAUAGACCUUGUUCUUUCUUUUUAAUGUGGUGUGUACUACAUUUUAAAAAUUCCGCCGAAAAAGAGAAGACGAUUUUCCGAAACAUUUUCGCCGUUAUCUCACGGCUCCCUCUUCUCUUUACAGGUGUAUAACUGCUACCCAGAAGGCCUAGGGGCGUCCCUUUACCGGGAGCGCUUUGACUUCAACGCUGAGCCGCCUUGGGAUCCUAGCUGAUAGCGGGACACGGCCAUCUACAGACUUGUCCAUGACCCACGGCUCAGUCGCGACUUUGACUACUUGACUACUACUUCUUUAUGAUUGUCUGCUGAAUACGGUUGAGAUGAAAGGACUCGCGGACGAACCAAACCACAUGAUUGAACUCCUGGAGGGAGGAACCACCCUGGAAGAUGUCAUUGACGGGCAUGUGUACGAACAAGCUCUGGCUGAAAAGAGUGUGUUUGUAGUGUCUGACCUUGGGUCCCUGAUGAGACAGCAUGCCCAGUGGCAGCUCACCAUGCCCCAGAUCAGGCCCUACUACCAGGUCCAAUCCAACAGCAGCCCGGUUGUCAUUGAGGUCUUGGCCUCUCUCGGCCUCGGCUUCGUCUGUGCUGACAAGGCUGAAGUCAGUCUGGUGUUGGACCACGGCGUGCCCCCCGACAACAUCAUCUUCUCUGGAGUUUGCAAACAGCUGUCCCACAUCAAACACGCAGCCAAGAAUGGCGUCGACCUCUUGGUGUGCGACAGCGAGACGGAACUCUGCAAGAUAGCCCGUUCUCACCCCAAAGCCAGGCUGCUGGUUCAGGUAACUACAUGGGCCCAGGCAGCAGAGACCAGCAUGGAGUUUGGCUGCUCUCUGAAGAGCUGUAGACACCUGCUGGAGGCUGCCAAGGACCUGGGGGUGCAGGUGGUGGGAGUUACGUUUCACAUUCCCAGCUCCUGCAAGGACCUGCAGGCCUACACCCACGCGCUGUCGGAUGCCCGCUGUGUGUUUGACAUGGGGGCGGAGUUGGGGUUCAACAUGAGCAUCCUGGAUAUUGGUGGUGGAUUCUCUGGCUCAGAGUUUCAGCUCAAACAGGUUCAUACCACCGUUAGACUGCUGCUGGAUGCCUACUUCCCCACUCUGUCUGGAGUGCAGGUCAUCGCUCAGCCUGGUAGCUACUACGUCUCCUCUGCCUUCACUCUGGCUGUCAAUGUCAUCGGCAAGAAGGUUGUGGCCCGGGACUGGAACGGCCUUGCUCAGGAUGAGCUGACCCCAGAUGACGAGCCAGAGUUCCUGUACUACCUGAACGAUGGCGUCUACGGGUCUUUCUCCAGCAAGCUGCUAGGAAGCACCAUCCCUGCCCCGGCUGUGCACAAGAGGGGGUCUAGGGCUGAGGAGCCAGUGUUCUCCAGCAGCCUGUGGGGUCCAUCAUGUGACAGCCUAGACCAGCUGGUAGACCACUGCCUGCUGCCUGAGCUCAGCCCUGGAGACUGGCUGGUCUUUAACAACAUGGGGGCUGCUGGUCUGGGGGACAUCUCCUCCUUCAGUGACCGCUCAGCCAUCAGACCACCUGUCUACUACACUGUCUCCACUGCUGACUGGUACAACAUACAGGAGGCUGGGAUAGCUGUGGAUAGCAUCAUGAAGAACUUCUCCAUGGUCCAGUACGGUGCAUAGCUCCGUCCCUCCCUCUCCGUUGUGACAUCCGAGAGAGAUCUCCUGGGCUUUUAGUGGUCAACAUUCCAACGGCCUUGGAAAAUGCAGUGUUCAACUUUCCAGGAAGGUUGAAAUAGACUUCGAAUUCCUGGGAACAGAAAAUGAUUUAUUGGUGACCCAUACCUCCAAUUCUCAAUUUGUUUUUGGAAAAAUGAAAAAGAUCAACACGUUUAUCCCUCUUCCUACUCACCCCUCCUCAGAUAGAAAACAACACGUUUAUCCCUCUUCCUACUCGCCCCUCAUCCUCAGAUAGAAAAUAACAGGUUUAUCCCUCAUCCUCAGAUAGAAAACAACACGUUUAUCCCUCUUCCUACUCGCCCCUCAGUCAGCUAGAAAACAACACGUUUAUCCCUCUUCCUACUCGCCCCUCAUCCUCAGAUAGAAAACAACACGUUUUUCCCUCUUCCUCAGAUAGAAAACAACACGUUUAUCCCUCUUCCUACUCGCCCCUCCUCAGAUAGACAGAAAACAACACGUUUAUCCCUCUUCCUACUCGCCCCUCAGUCAGACAGAAAACAACACGUUUAUCCCUCUUCCUACUCGCCCCUCCUCCUCAGAUAGAAAACAACACGUUUAUCCCUCUUCCUACUCGCCCCUCCUCCUCAGAUAGAAAACAACACGUUUAUCCCUCUUCCUCAGAUAGAAAACAACACGUUUAUCCCUCUUCCUACUCGCUCCUCCUCCUCAGUCAGAUAGAAAACAACACGUUUAUCCCUCUUCCUACUCGCCCCUCAGAUAGAAAACACGUUUAUCCCUCUUCCUACUCGCCCCUCAGAUAGAAAACAACACGUUUAUCCCUCUUCCUACUCGCCCCUCCUCAGAUAGAAAACAACACGUUUAUCCCUCUUCCUACUCGCCCCUCCUCCUCAGAUAGAAAACAACACGUUUAUCCCUCUUCCUACUCGCCCCUCAGAUAGAAAACAACACGUUUAUCCCUCUUCCUACUCGCCCCUCAGUCAGCUAGAAAACAACACGUUUAUCCCUCUUCCUACUCGCCCCUUAGUCAGCUAGAAAACAACACGUUUAUCCCUCUUCCUACUCGCCCCUCAGAUAGAAAACAACACGUUUAUCCCUCUUCCUACUCGCCCCUCAGAUAGAAAACAACACGUUUAUCCCUCUUCCUCAGAUAGAAAACAACACGUUUAUCCCUCUUCCUCAGAUAGAAAACAACACGUUUAACAGUAACAUAUGCAACUAAAUGGAUGACUGUGUAGAUGGAACCUCGCUUCCUAACCAGGUUUAUUCAUUAGAUAGUUUACAUAAAUGUGGAAUUGGUUCAUUUCUAUUAUAUAUUGAUUACCUGUUGAGUCUUGUAAAAAUCACUUGUCUGAUGAUGCAUUUGCCUAUAGAAGAUGAUUCGCCAGGUUUAAUAUUUAAAAUCAGUACUAAAUUUUUGCUUUUGACCCCAUAGUCUAGUUUAAGUGAGAUGUUAACCUUAACCCAUUCUUGAUUCCGUUUCAUUUUUUUGGGGGGGGGGGGGGGGUUUAUUAAUUGCAUUUUGUAAAAUUAUAUGGAGCACGUUUGAGUUCCUGCUAACAUUUUCCCCAAGUACAUGCGGUUUUACUGAGCAAUAUCUUCCGUGGGAAUACUGUUGUCUGUUUCAACGCUACAUGGAUAACUGUGAUUCCAUUGUGACAUCUUAACGUUCUUGCUUGGUGAGAGGGGCAUUUGAAGGAUUUGUUGAAGUGAUUUCUUCUCAGAGGAGUUCUGAACGGAACUAGCUGGGUUCUGUUUGCUAAUGUACAGACAGAACUUUACCAGGCUGGCAGAAAGUGGUCCUCGGGUUCUAAAUCCUUUUGAGGAAGUGUUCUGGACAGCAAAGCCCCCUUCAGCAUUACAGCCCAUGGCUUUCACUCUGAUCAUGCUGUAUAGCUUCUCUGCUGGGUUAGAGAUACAAUUAACAUCAGCCUUGAGACUUGGACACACUUUGAACAUUUUUUGUUUCUAUAAACAUUUCAACCACAAGUGUGUUACAAGGCCUUGUUCUCUGUCGCCACAGCACAUAGCAGUCCACCAAUAGACUUGUCUUCAUAUUUAUGUGGCUCUAGCUUCUCAUGCCUCUCUUACUGUAUGGUGGUCUAACAUGGAGUCUUGUACACUUUUUAAUGUCUAAAUAAGGUGACCAGAGCUGGAUCCAUAUCUGGUUGUGCUCUUUCCAUCUCCAUUGCUCAUUGUCAAUCCCAAGCUGUUUGCCAUGACAAUGAGUGACAAGGAAGUGGGCAUGAUGGCGCAAACAGACUGGCACUCAAGCUUAGACCAGACCUGACUGAACUCUUUUAACUGUCCCCCUUGUUGGAAAAGUAAAGUACUGGAAAUUACUUUAAGGCACUAAUGGACCGUGUCCUAUUUUUGACUGUAAAUUGUGCUUGUUAAAGUAAUGCAAGUGAUUAAUUUAAUACAUCUUUUGGACUGAAA